UUCCCCGGUUCAUUGGCAUUCCAGUUUCCGGGUCGGGAUGUGGGGAGGUCGGGGAGAUGCGUGAAGCACUCAAGAUGGGAAUUCUCGGAAUCAGCGACAUGGUUGCACAUUUCUUGUUGCUCCCCUCUCCCUUUCCCUUUGUUCGGCCCGUUCCCGUUCAUCGUUUUGUUUGUUUUUCUCCGCCGGCUCCGCUAUCUCGGUUUCAUGUUGACUUGAGUCUCAACUGCCUGCUUCGGCCACCACCGGAACGGCGGUGGGCAACCCGCCCACAGUUAAUUUCGCCUUGCCACGAUGGAGUCGUCACCGGGUCCCCCGCCGGGGCCGCCUCCGAUGUUCCCCAUCAGUGAGCGCAUCGCACUCCUUUCCCGGGUCCACAUCGGUACUACCAUACCUCUGCUUGUCUUGUGUCUCGUUCCCUUUAUCUACCGGAUGUACAUCAGAAUCUGGCCGGUAUGGAGGUUCGGGGUAGACGACGGCUUCAUCGUCGCUGGCCUGUUAUGCGCCAUCACCGACUGGGCCUUGCUCGUAGAGGAGCUUUAUUUUGAGACACAGCUGAUCUCCUUCGAAGAAACUCUCUUUGCAGUCAAGUUAGCCUACUUCGCCAUACCGGUGUGGGCUAUUGCCAUGACACUGAUCAAGACAUCAAUUAUCCUUACGCUCCUUCGGCUCCCACUGAAACAGUCAUACAAGGUCAUGUUGUAUAUCUUACUGGCCGUCCAGCUCGGCUUCGGCAUCGCCAAUACCAUCUACAACUUCGUCAAAUGUCAACCCUACCAUGCCGCCUGGGACAUGAGUGUCAUUGACAGACGAUGCCCCAGUGGCGAGACCGACAUCGCCGUCUCCAACUUCACCUCGGCUUUAAACAUCGCAACCGACUUGGUUUUGUCCGUCACGCCCAUGUUCAUGUUCUGGAAUCUGCACCGCCCGUUACGCGAGCGCAUCCUGAUCUGCAGCCUGACAAGCAUCGGCUUGUUCGCCACCUUCGCCUCCGUCAUGAAAGUGGUCGUCAUUGCGGAAUGGAACACGGCGGGGGACUCCUGGUCCACGGCCAUUGCGAUCGCGACAUGGACCAUCACCGAGCAGUUCGUCUCCAUUUUAGCCGCCUGCAGCCCCUCGCUCAAGAAGCCCAUCGAGACCUUGCUGAACAAGUUCGGCAUCCCCCUGGUCGAGCACGAUCCCAACAUUUCCUUCAUGCAUGUCCCCCCCGACAUGCGAGGAUCGGAAGCGGCGAGGCGGCGGGCGAGGGGGUUUCUGGGCGAUGAGGAGGCGCAACCGAGCCCUGUCCUGUCGCACACGGCGACUGAGGCAAGCCGGAACAGGGAUAGUGAGAAUUGGGGGAAGAAGUCGCUGUGCAGUUCGGCAACGGCUUCUACUUCACGUACCGCUCUUCGGGGGACUUGAUGCAUCAUCGAUCAUCGGCAGACACAGGCCUUUGGAUCUCAGACCAUUGUCUGGUUCGCGGAAUGACGGGUGAGGACCCGGGCUCGAAGUCCCUCCUGCGACAUGCCCGGAGGAACGUCAGUCAUCCCCCGCCCGCGUUGGAUCACCCAACUGGAGGCGACAAAUCAUCACAUCCUCGGAUGCGUUCCAAGUCUCCUGCCAAGUGGAAACAGGUAAGAUUCCGAUACGUGACUCUGCUUGAGAACUGCGGCCGACAACCCGUUCAUUACCCAGCUCCCCAACGUCGAGAUUGUUUUCCCCAGGACCUCACGGCCACCC